UGAUAUAUAUAUAUAUAUAUAUAUAUGCAUACAUAUACAUACACACAUACACAUAUACAUAUACAUAUAUAUAUAUAAUUUUCUUUUUUCUUUUAAUAAAAAACACCGAUUAAAAGAUGUUCGAACGCCAUUCGUGUAUCCCUAGAGAAUAUACAUCGAUUCGGUUGAACGCAAUGUAUAUGAAUUGCUCUCAACUUAAUUUGCUCGAAUGUUUCGCGGCAUAUAUGUAGAUAGAAGCCAUUAGACAAAGGAUAAAUAAGUAUUCGAGUAUAUUGCCACGAGUAAAACGUAAGAUAGAAGCAAGAUAUUAGAAUGAACGAAGACAUUCUGUGUUUUAAUAUGCAUUGAGAAAAUUCACGUAUACUAUGGAUUAAUAUCAAAAAGGAUCGCGAAAAAAAAAAAACAAAAGAGAAAGAGAGAGAGAGAGAGAGAAACAAAAAGUAUUCGAGUUUUCGAAGUGUUACUUUUCCUUUCGUCUGGGCAUCACUGCCGAAGGCAUUGGACUCAACGUCGUGGCAUGUUCAAACGACGCAUCACGGAUCCAAAGACAAUUUUGGAUUAAUCAGUAUUCAAAAUAUCUGCAAGACAAUGAAUUCGGGUUAUUUCAAUUUGCCUCUUAAUAUGGACAGAGUAUGUAGAAUCUGUCUAACAGAAAGUAACAAUUUAUCACCUAUUUUCUGUACCGAUCAAGAGGUAGAUGAUUUCUCAGAUCUUCCACAAAAAAUUCAAGUAUGUGGUUCAAUUGAUAUUCACGAGCAAGAUGGAUUACCAUCUUUAAUCUGCGAUGUUUGUGUUUAUAAAGCAAGUGUUGCUCAUGAAUUUAGACAACAAUGUCAACAUUCCAAUGCUAGACUACGAAUGUAUUAUAAUAAACCUGAAAAAUGCAAUGUCAUGGAUUCGUGUACGCAAACAGAUUUUUCUUCAUGCAUUGAACUACCAAAAAAGACAACAAAUGAGCAAGACAAUUCUUUUAUAAAAGAAGAAAUGCAAAUAGUAUCAAAUUCUCAAGACUUCAAUAAUACUAAUAAUACUUACACUUCAAAUACACCUAGUCUUACUACUACCGAAAUCGACAUACAAGAUGAAAAAAUCUUCAUGUGUUCUAUCGGAUUUGAAGGUCCCAAAGAGAUCGGUAAAGAACAAUGUUCUACUACGGAAAGCAAUAUUAAUCAAAAUUCAUCCAUUGAAUCUGCUUCGCAAGUAGAUACAUGCGAUAUUUAUGAAACAAUGGAUGUAGAUGAUAAACCUCAAGAAGAACAGAAUAUUACUAAAGAAUCAGAAAAAAAUUCUAAACAACAAGAAGAAGAACAAUUUCCAAAUGAACGUGUGUCCGAUGAUACGGGAAUUGAAAAGGAUGUGGCACCUCCACAGAAACGUACGUCAACGAGGAAAACAAAAUCAAUGCCUAACAAAUCUUACAGCGAAGAUGAAGGAGAUGAUAAUUAUUAUGAUCCGAGUAGCGACAGUCAAGAUUCAGAAGAAUUGAAGUUCAAGUGCAAAAUUUGUUUAAAGCGUUAUGCGACACAGAAAGGCUUAAAAAAACAUUCUCUUGUCCAUGAGAAAAAGCACAAAUGUAAUAUUUGUUUAAAAUUGUUUUAUAAACAAGAAAAUAUGGAAAAACAUAAAAAGAUACAUGCAUCUAAACCUCAUGCUUGCCAAUUAUGUCAUGCCUGUUUCUCUAAGUCUCAAAGUCUUGUACGGCAUUUGAAGUCUCAUACAGAGAAAGUAAAUGAUAUGAUUAAACAGAUAAAUACUGACGAACGAAAAGAUGAUGGAGAUUCAAAAAAAGAACCAAAGUGUGAAGAUGAUACUGAGGAUGAAAGUGGUACAGUAAACGAACCAGAUGAAUUUGAAAAUGCUCCUGAAUUAUAUAAAUGUGAAAUCUGUAAUCAGUAUUGUUCUUCCUUAAAAAAUUUGAAAAGACAUGCUCUUGUACAUGGGGAUAAAAAGUAUUCUUGCACAGUAUGUAAAAAGUGGUUUUUCAGACCAGACACAUUGAAAAAACAUGCUGAAAAACAUGGCCAUGGAUUAUUAGAUAAUUUAGUAGAUGAUAACAAAUUAUUUGAUUCAGAUGACGAUGCUUUUCCAAAUGAUACAACAAAUACUUUACCAGAGAAUGAAACAGUUAAAAAAGAAGAUAGUGAAGAAGAUGGAUCUGGUGAAUACAAGUGCCAACAUUGCGAUAAAAUUAUGGCUACUAAGAAAGGCCUUAGGCGUCAUGUGUCCAUGCAUAAGCCUAAAGCUGAACCAGUAACUUGUGAAAUAUGUAGAAAAGUUUGUGCUAGUCAAGCUCGCCUUGUUCUUCAUCAAAGGACACAUAAACCCAAGGAAAAAGUGCCACGAGAAUAUCUAUGUCAUAUUUGUAGCAAGGUAUACCCAAGUAAUUCAUCGCUUACAUACCAUAUGAGAACUCAUACAGGAGUGAAACCACAUGUAUGCAAAACAUGUAAUAGUGGAUUUACAACAACUACUAGUUUGGCAAAUCAUAUUCGUAUUCAUACAGGGGACAAACCUUUUGUAUGUCAUGUUUGUAGUGCAGCAUUUGCUGUGAGUUCAGCAUUUAGGAGACAUUUGACACGACAUACGGGUGAAGCAAAUUAUCUCUGCAAAACGUGUGGCAAAGCUUUUAAGCGUCUUAGUACUCUGAAAGAACAUACUUAUACACAUUCUGGUGAAAAACCUUAUGUUUGUAAAACAUGUGGCGCUGCAUAUAGUCAUAGUGGCAGUUUAUUUGCACAUCAAAAACGAUGUCGUGUCCAAUAUGGUGAAAUGGUUGUAGAUGAACAUCAUCAUGCUGUUGCACAUCAUAUUCAUGUAAAUAAUGUGCAAUCUGCAGUGAGAUCACUUACUGUGAUAGGACAGAUGUUCUAAAGAGUAAAAUCGGUGCUCUGAAAUACACUUAUUUUACCUAAAUAUUUAUGCGAGAAUAAAUUUGUGGCUCUAUAUAUAAAUGUUCCCACAAUGGGAAUAACACUACUAUUAUUCUUUUCAUGAAAAAAUAUUGUUUUAUCGUGAAUACUCUUUACUGUAAAUAUUUAGCCAACUCUUUUUUUUUAUAAUAAAAACAUUUGUUUAAAUAUUUGCAUCAUGUAUUAAAGAUGCUGGGACUAGUGCUUCGUUAUAGAAAGUACAUAAUCUAAUAUGUUUGAUCAAUAUUAAUAUUAUACAAAUUUAUUUCUGUAUAUAUUUGUAUAAUAUAAAUUAUACAUAUAUUCUUAAAAAAAAAAAAUUGUCCAUAUAAACUUGACAAAGUCAAGUUAAUCCAUAAAUUCACAAAG